GCAUUCAUGAAGUAAGCCUAAAAGUAACUAAUAUGCGAAUGCAUUUUCUUAUCAUUUUAUAAAUUAUUUAUAAAUAGAUUCUACUUAUUUUUUUAUCAGCAAAGGCAAAGGAAAAACACAGCAAUAUCAAAGAAGACAGAAAAGGCUAUGCCUUCUGACAAAGGAAAGGAACAUGCAAAUCUCGUGGCGUACAAUGAUAAUGUGUUAUCAAAAGCUGCAUUGGCUCAACGUGCAUGGCGAGAAUGUGAAAAAAAUCUAAACCCAUGUUCUGCAUACCAAUUAGGACAACGCCUGCGACGAGAACGAGAGAAAUCAAAGAAAUGUAUUAACCCAAGACAACCUUCUUUAACCCCCAAUUGGUCUAUUCCUACAACCCAAUCUAGAAAUGUUGGUGUGGUCAUUCAUGAUGAGCAUGACCUUAAUGUUAUUCGUGUUCGUGCGCAAAAGAAAAAGAAAAGGUCAAUCCAAUGUCUAAGGAAAAAGAAAAGGUGGCUCAUUUUGACAAGAGAAUGACAAAUGCAUGUCAAAUGGUAUAUAUUCCUUUUAAAAAAUAUGAAACAAAACUAUGUGAAUUUGUUACUUUAUGUUGUUUUUGUAGAAUGAUUGUAAUAUAUUCUCCUAUA